GCUGAAUCGCAACAAUUCUGCAGUCUGGUGGGGCUCGGGUUUGAUCUCGGUCGAUUAAAUUGUGUUUCGCAUUAUACUACCUACAAAUAUCAACAUACUUCUAAAACUGGUCAGCAACGUCCCGAACCACUGCAUAAAGAUACCAGGCAGUAUCACAAAUAUAUCGGGGGGGGGUCUUAAGAAUGCUCUUACUUACUUUGUCGCCGAGAAAUUAGAGGUAGGCAAAUAGAGUUUAAACUUUUCUGGGGAACGCAUAUGAAUGGAUAAAUUCUCGGAAGAACUCAACGGGGUACAGCACCUGCACAAAGACAGAUUAAGGCCGCCAGCCGGAAGGUCUUGAAGGCAGCGGCCGGUUAUAUAAAGUCUGGUGCUCGACCUACAAGUGUAUAAUCAUAUUCAAAUUCCUCAAUCUAUCACAGAAUAAUGUCAGGUUUUUUAAAAGUUCAAGGAACAAAGAUUGUCGAUUCAAAUGGAACUCCAGUUGUGCUUAAAGGUACAGCUACAGGAGGGCAUUUAAACAUGGAGAAUUUCAUCACUGGUUACCCAGGACAUGAAACAGAGCACAAGAAGGUUCUCAGAUCUAAGAUGGGGGAGGAAAAAUAUAAUUUCUUCUUUGAAAAGUUCUACGAGUAUUUCUGGACUGAAAAAGAUGCAGUCUUCUUUAAAGAAGAGCUGAAAUUAAACUGUUUAAGAAUCCCGUUCAACUAUAGACAUUUCAUUGAUGAUGAGGAUGAUAUGUUUAAGAUCAACCCAAACGGGUUUAAACUACUGGACAGGCUUGUUGACACAUGUUCCAAGCAUGGGAUUUAUACUAUCUUGGACCUUCAUGCCGUGCCUGGUGGUCAGAACCAGGAUUGGCAUUCGGACUCUGGUAUUCAUAAAUCUCUUUUCUGGGACUUUAAAGUUUUCCAAGACUCCAUGGUUAACCUGUGGAUAGAGUUAGCAAAGUACUACAAGGAUAAUAGAUGGGUUGCAGGCUAUAAUCCAUUGAAUGAGCCAGCAGUUGCUGACCACUCAAAGUUGGUCAAUUUCUACCAGAGAGUCGAAAAGGAGAUCAGAAAAGUUGAUCCGCAUCAUAUCUUGUUUCUAGAUGGAAACACAUAUGCAAUGGAUUUCCGUCAAUUCCCUUCCCCACUUCCAAAUUGUGUAUACUCGAUUCAUGAUUAUGCUUUUGCCGGGUUCCCAAAUCCAGAAGGAACACUCUACUCUGGCUCCAAAGAGGAAAAGAGUAAAUUGGAGACUCAGUAUCAAAGGAAAAUAGAGUAUCACGUUAAGAACAGGGUUCCUGUUUGGAAUGGUGAGUUUGGACCCGUCUACGCAUCCAAAGAAAGGGGUGAUAAAGAUGUGGAAACAACCAACAACGCUAGAUAUAAUGUUUUGAAAGAUCAGCUCGGAGUCUACAAGCAAGGUGACCCUUCUGGUGAUGGUUCUCCAAUAUCUUGGUCAAUUUGGCUUUACAAAGAUAUUGGUUAUCAAGGCCUGACAUAUGUUGAUCCGGAAUCCACAUUUUAUAAAGUGUUGGGGAGCUACCUCUUAGAGAAGAAACGAUUGGGGCUGGAUAGAUGGGGUGCAGAUAUUGCACCAGAAUUCUCCAAACUGUACGAUGAUUUAGAGAAGCAUUUCAAAGAUGUCAUUCCAGAGAAGUACCAUAAGGCACUUUAUCCACAUCCUUGGACAGUCAAGGAUUACCUUUCACGUGUGUCCAGGGACAUGUUAUUGUCCCAGUAUUACCAGCACGUUUACGCUGAGAUCCUAGCAGGUUUGACGUUUGAUGAACUUGAUGAAUUUGCUGCUUCUUUCAAGAUUGAAAAUGUAAAGAAAAGAGGGGAACUGAACGAAAUUUUAAGAAAUUACUAAUGUUUACCUAGUACGGUGUUGAUGGUUGUUAGGCCUUAAUGUUUGGGCAAAGAGCUAAUGUCUAAUCUGUGUUUAUCUGUAAUCAUUAUGGGCACGAAUGUUUUCAAUUAGUAGAAAGUAAAUCGGGAAAGAUAA